AUGACAGAAAUUACAUUGCCAUCAGUAGAAGACAAACUACCUGACGUUGAACUACCAUCACUAAAUUUAAAAUCUCCCAAAGUAGACAUUACGAUACCUGACAUUGAACUACCAUCACUAAAUAUAAAAUCUCCCAAAGGAGAAGGCAAAUUAACUGCGAAAUUGCCAGAGGUUACAUUGCCAUCAGUAGACGUCAAACUACCUGACGUUGAACUACCAUCACUAAAUUCCAAAUCUCCUAAAGGAGAAGGAAAAUUAACUGCGAAAAUGCCAGAGGUUACAUUGCCAUCAGUAGAAGUCAAACUACCUGACGUUGAACUACCAUCACUAAAUUUAAAAUCUCCCAAAGUAGACUGCAAAGUAGACAUUACGAUAACGGAUGUUGAACUACCAUCACUAAAUGUAAAAUCUCCCAAAAGAGAAGACAAAUUAACUGCGAAAUUGCCAGAUGUUGAAUUGCAAUCAGUAGACGUCAAACUACCUGACGUUGAACUACCAUCACUAAAUGUAAAAUCUCCCAAAAGAGAAGGCAAAUUAACUGCGAAAUUGCCAGAUGUUGAAUUGCAAUCAGUAGACGUCAAACUACCUGACGUUGAACUACCAUCACUAAAUAUAAAAUCUCCCAAAAGAGAAGGCAAAUUAACUGCGAAAUUGCCAGAGGUUACAUUGCCAUCAGUUGACGUCAUACUACCUGACGUGGAACUACCAUCACUAAAUGUAAAAUCUCCUAAAGUAGACGGCAAAUUAACUGCGCAAUUGCCAGAUGUUGAAUUGCAAUCAGUAGACGUCAAAUUACCUGACGUUGAACUACCUUCACUAAAUGUAAAAUCUCCUAAAGUAGACGGCAAAGUAGACAUUACGAUAUCGGAUAUUAAACUACCAUCACUUAAUGUAAAAUCUCCCAAAAGAGAAGGCAAAUUAACUGCGAAAUUGCCAGAUGUUACAUUGCCAUCAGUAGAAGUCAAACUACCUGACGUUGAACUAUCAUCACUAAAUGUAAAAUCUCCCAAAAAGGAAGGCAAAUUAACUGCGAAAAUGCCAGAGGUUACAUUGCCAUCAGUAGAAGUCAAACUACCUGACGUUGAACUACCAUCACUAAAUUUAAAAUCUCCCAAAGGAGAAAGCAAAUUAACUGCGAAAAUGCCAGAGGUUACUUUGCCAUCAGUAGAAGUCAAACUACCUGACGUUGAACUACCUUCACUAAAUUUAAAAUCUCCCAAAGGAGAAGGCAAAUUAACUGCGAAAUUACCAGAUGUUGAAUUGCAAUCAGUAGACGUCAAAUUACCUGACGUUGAACUACCUUCACUAAAUGUAAAAUCUCCUAAAGUAGACGGCAAAGUAGACAUUACGAUACCGGAUGUUGAACUACCAUCACUAAAUGUAAAAUCUCCCAAAGAAGAAGGCAAAUUAACUGCGAAAUUGCCAGAGGUUACAUUGCCAACAGUUGACAUCAAAUUACCUGACGUUGAACUACCUUCACUAAAUGUAAAAUCUCCCAAAGGAGAAGGCAAAUUAACUACGAAAUUACCAGAUGUUGAAUUGCAAUCAGUAGACGUCAAUGUACCUGACGUUGAAGUACCAUCGCUAAAUUUAAAAUCUCCCAAAGGACAAGGUAAAUCAAAAAAAGGUGUAGUUAGUAAAUUUCCGGAAAAAGACUUAGUGUCCAAGACAGAAUUAUCAAUGUUUUUGGAAAAUGAGAGAGAAUCAGUCGAAGGCCUUAAGGCACAAGAUGUACAAAUUCCGAAUAUAGAAUUACCUGAAUUGGACAUUAUAAUGACCCGUAAGGACAUAAGUUUACCAGACGUUGAAUUGCAAUCAAUAGACGUUAAAUUGCCGAACGUUGAAGUAGCAUCGCUAAAUGUAAAAUCUCCUAAAGUAGACAGCAAAGUAGACAUUACGAUACCUAACAUUGAAAUACCAUCACUAAAUAUAAAAUCUCCCAAAGGAGAAG